AAAAAAAAGAACCAAUCACCCAUUUACUAGAAGGCAACAACAGAACAACAUGAUUUCCUUGUGUAUAUACGAAGUAAUAAACAUACGAAGCUUUCUCACUAUGCCAAUCUAGCUUCAAAUUUGAAAUAAUCAUCAAAUCUCAAAACAUAAUUCAAAUCAAAAUAUUGAAUCUUGGUAGCACUGGCUAGUGCGGCCUUGGCCGCCUUUGGGUAUUCCGGAAACCUCGGCUUUGGAUCCGCUUGUUUUACGGCAAAAUAUUACCUCGUUGAACAGUCGUUAUUCCCUAUCGAGCAAGAUUUUUGCUUGCCGCCACACUGGCAUCUUCAGAGCUCGGCUACGUUGAUUAUGUGUGCAUUAUUAUGGACCUACAUAAGGUAUGCAAACUGACACUGCUACUUAAGCAGAAACACACACCUGUCAAAGACUCAAAGAAGCAGGCCAGAAAAUUCGAAAGCCGUUUUUUGACAUGAUAUUCAUCCAUAAUAAAAAAAAAACAGAUGAGUAGAUUAGUUCCAUCGGCCAAUAUUCUUGAUGCUCAACCUGAAGUGGCCUGAUGAUCAUUUGUUUGGUGCUUACUCAAUUUAUAGGUGUAUCAAAGGAGAAAAUAAAUAUUUCUCAUUGGUGAUUGCAAAAGGCAGCUACAUCCUCCAAUAUUAUUGUUGCUAUUUAUUAUGGAAUAUACGUAGUGCUCCGUUUUACUUUAUCACUUUGGUAAUUGAUGUUCCACUUAUUGUUCUACUCUCAGAAAUCCCAAGAGACACUUCAAUCAUUAUUCAUGCGGAGUAUUUAUUAAUUUGUAUUUUUUUCAUGCUCCAUGCUGCAAUUAUUAUCCUGCCGGACUUGCCCAUACCCCCAGUGCAAUUUUAUGUUACAUUUUUUCCCGCCCAUUCUUUCCCUUGACCUUUCUUGAGAGACUUUUC